AUGCCUGCCGGGCGCCUCCUGCUGACGGUGGUGGGGCUGGUGCUCGGCUGGGGCCAGCUCCUGGGUAGCGCGCAGAGGCUCAAAGUGCUCUUUACCCCCAUGAUCUGCAGGGUGCAUUGCCGCGAGGGGCACUGCACCAACCACUGCGAGCGUGGCAAUGCCACCACACUGUACAGUGGGGAGAAGGCCCGCCCGGCUGAGGGGGCUCCCGGAUUCCGCGUCUUCUUAUGCCCUCUCAUCUGCCAAAAUGGGGGGGUCUGUCUGAAAAAGGACAAGUGUCUCUGCCCUCCCCACUGGACAGGCAAGUUCUGCCACCUCCCAGCGCUGCCUCACUCCCACAGCCAGGGCCCCACCCGCCGAGGAGCUGAGGAGGCCUCUCCCGCCCAGAGGGCAGUGACCAAGUCCACCUACACCCUGCCCAUUGCCAACCAUCGCCAGGAGCAUGAUGGCGUGGCCUCGAUGGUGAACGUCCACGUGGAGCACCCCCCGGAGGCCUCGGUGGCCAUCCACCAAGUGGAGCGGGUGAAGGAGGAGGCGGAGGAGCUGCCCACGGGAGACACCAACGCCCUCCCCUUCGCCCCUCGUGCCCUCUACAGCGUCUUGGCGCAGAGCAGCUCUCGGGACCCAGGCGGUGGCUACAGCGAGGACUCGGGGUUUGGCUACUGCUUCAGGCACCUGCGGGGCGGAGAGUGCAGCGCCCCCCUGCCUGGCUUGCGCACCCGGGAAAUCUGCUGCCGUGGGCAUGGUGUCGCUUGGGGUGUCCAGGAUUGCCAGCCGUGCAGCCGUGGGGAUGGAGGGGACCCUGGUGGUGCCGCAGGAAGGAACGAGGUGUCUUGUCCCCAGGGCUUUCGGAGGCAGAACGGCUCCUGCGUGGAUAUUGACGAGUGCCAGGAGAGGCUGUACUGCCGCAGCAACGGGGAUUGCACCAACACCCGCGGCAGCUUCGCCUGCCUUUGCCACGAGGGCUACAUCCUGGACUCCUCCCGCAGCAGCUGCAUCUCCCACCACGUCAUCUCGGAGGCCAAAGGGCCCUGCUUCCGGGUGCUGCGGGAGGGGGGCUGCUCCCUGCCCAUCCUCCGCAACAUCACCAAGCAGAUCUGCUGCUGCAGCCGGGUGGGCAAGGCCUGGGGGCACGGCUGCGAAGGCUGCCCACCUUUUGGCUCAGAUGGGUUCAAGGAGAUCUGCCCGGCCGGCCCUGGCUACCAUUACUCGGCCUCCGACCUCCGCUUUGACACGCGCUACCUGGGCCAGGACCUGCCCCGCGUACCCGUCAGCCACCAGCCCAGUGGGCGGGAACCCGUGGCCCGCCUGCCACCCCCCACAGCCCCCCCCCACCCCCCCGUCUCCUCUGCAGUGCGCUGGAGCCCCCCACCCACAGUCCUGCUGGAGCGCCAGCCCCCGGGGGCUGUGCCCACUCCGCCGCCUGGCCCUGCAGCGCCAGCAGUGCCCCCAGAGGCCGGGCAGGGCAUUUGCGAGCGGCGCCCCCAGGUGUGUGGUCCGGGCCGCUGCAUUCCCCGCCAGGGGGGCUACACGUGCGUGUGUGAUCGCGGCUACUGGCUGAGCCCGCAGGGCACCCACUGCGUCGAUGUGGACGAGUGUCGGCGGAGCCCCCGCCCCUGUGCCAACGGCUACUGUGAGAACACCCGGGGCAGUUACAGCUGCCGGUGCCGGGCAGGCUACCAGGCUGACCCGUCUGGAACGGAGUGCCAGGACAUUGACGAGUGUGCAAAAAGCCCCUCGCCCUGUGCCAGCGGGCACUGCCACAACACCCCCGGCUCCUUCCACUGCACCUGCCCUCCCGGCUACCGUCCUGACCCGGCUGGCCUGGAGUGCCGAGAUGUGGAUGAGUGCCGGGAGAGCCCGUCCAUCUGCCACCCGGGCCGCUGUGAGAACCUGCCUGGGAGGUACCAGUGCUCCUGCCCCAUAGGCUACCAGCCCAGCCCCCAGGGGGCCCACUGUGUGGAUGUGGAUGAAUGCCAGCAAGAGCCCCCGCCCUGUGGCUCUGGGCGCUGUGAGAAUGUGGCUGGCGGGUACCGCUGCCUUUGCCCCCCCGGAUUCCGAGCCAGCCUGACGGAGAACCAGUGCCUGGACAUCGACGAGUGCUCGACCCGGUCGCCUUGUGGCCCCCACGGGCUCUGCACCAAUGCCGAGGGCUCCUUCCAUUGCCAGUGCCGGCAGGGCUACCGGAUGGAGGCCCCAGAAGGCCCCUGUGCAGAUGUCAACGAGUGCCUGGAGGGGGACUUCUGCUUCCCGCGGGGGGAGUGCCUCAACACGGAGGGCUCCUACAGCUGCCUGUGUGCCCCAGGCUUUGCCCCUGGCCCGAGUGGAGCCUCCUGCCUGGAUAUCGAUGAGUGCCAGAGCAGUGCCGUGUGUGCUGGUGGACAGUGUGCCAACACAGAGGGCUCCUUCAGCUGCUACUGCCCCCCGGGCACCCGAAGCAGCCCCAACAAGGCCUCCUGCGAUGAUAUCGACGAGUGCCAGGAGUAUGGGGCCGCCCUCUGUGGCGCCCAGCGCUGUGUGAACUCUCCUGGCUCUUACCGCUGCGUGGCAGAGUGCCAGGGGGGCUUCCAAGUGAGCCCCAGCGGGGACUGCGUGGACAUCGACGAGUGCCAGUUGUAUGGGGCCCAGGCGUGUGGGGAGAGGCGCUGUGAGAACACCCCCGGGGCCUUCCAGUGCGUAGCCAGCUGCCAGUCCGGCUACCAGGCCACGGCCACUGGGCACUGCGUGGACGUGGACGAGUGCCGCAAUGCCUCGCUGUGUGGUGCCCACGCCGUCUGCCACAACCUGCCCGGCUCCUUCCAGUGCAUCUGCGACCAGGGCUACGAAAGCGCCCAGGACGGCCACCAUUGCUUGGAUGUGAACGAGUGCGAGACCCUGCAGGGCGUGUGUGGGGCAGCCCCCUGCGAGAACGUGGAGGGCUCCUUCCUCUGCAUCUGCCCUGGGCCUGCCGAGGAGUUUGACCCCAUGACGGGACGCUGCCUUCGCCCCCCGGGAGCCGCAGCGCGGCCUCCAGCCUCCCCCAGGCGCCCGGGGGUUUCUGUGCCGGAGCCCCCCGCCUCUGGGCCCAGCGACAGCACCCGGCGGGAGUGCUACUAUGACCCCAACGCCGCCCAGGCCUGUGAGAACGUGCUGGCAUGGAACGCCACCCGGCAGGAGUGCUGCUGCUCUCUGGGCCACGGCUGGGGCCUCGACUGCCACAUCCAGCAGUGCCCGCCCCCGGGGACAGCGGAGUUCCGGACGCUGUGCCCUCGCGGGAGUGGCUUUGCUGGCCCUGCAGGUGGGCACUCUCUCCCCGCUGCUCUGGAUGUGGACGAGUGCUCCCUGUUCAGCUCCCAGGUGUGCAAGGGUGGGGUCUGCGUCAACCAGGUGCCCGACUACACCUGCUACUGCCCCAGCGGCUACUACUACGAGACCCAGCACCUGGAAUGCAUCGAUAAUGAUGAGUGCCUGGACGAGGAAGCGGAGCCCUGCGUGGGGGGGCACUGCAUCAACACCAUCGGCUCCUACUACUGCUCCUGCGCCCCCCCUCUGGUCCUGGACGCUUCUCAGCACCGCUGCGUGGCCAAUGACAGCCAAGAUUCCAACCUGGCCAUGUGCUGGCAGGAGGUGGGGCCAGACCUGGUGUGCAGCCGGCCACGCCUGGACCGCCGGGUGACCUACACGGAGUGCUGCUGCCUCUACGGAGAGGCCUGGAGCUUGGAUUGUGCCCUCUGCCCCGCCCGCGACUCAGAGGACUUUGAGGCCUUGUGCAACGUCCUUCGCCCUCCCAGCUACGGGCCUGUGCGUCCCGGGGGCCUGGGGCUGCCCUUUGAGUACGGGGGUGGGGAAUUUGUGCCCUAUGGCCCCGAGAUCUUCGCUCCUCCAGCCCGCCCAGCCCCACGGCUCCCUGACUAUGACGCAUAUCCCCGGGAGCUGCUCUACGGCCCAUCGCCCUACGAGGCCAGCGACUUUGAGGACCCUUCCUACGGCGACCUGCGGCAGGACGGCUUGGGGGAGCCCCCCCGUGGAGGAUACCCCCCGGAGCCCGAAUGGCACUACCCACCACGUGGCAGCAGCAGCAGAGUCCCCUUUGAGCGGCCGGGCCGGGCCAGUGAAGACUACCGCCGUGCUGAGGACUUUGGGGCUGCCCACUCGGAAGAAUGUGGCAUUCUGAGCGGCUGCGAGAACGGGCGCUGCGUGCGGGUCGCCGAUGGGUUCACCUGCCUCUGCCACGAGGGAUACCGCCUGGACCCCACCCGCAUGGCCUGCCUUGAUAUUGACGAAUGCUCCGAAGUGGAGGAGCUCUGCCUGGGAGGUGAAUGCUUCAACAUGGACGGCCUCUACCGUUGUUUGUGCCCGCGUGGCACGGUACCCGCUGGGCAGCCUCCCCACUGUGUCCCUGCCCCUCGCAGCCGAGGCUGAGCUGGGGAGACAGCCCAGUAUUUAUUGCCUGUACAG